ACAAGAACCCAUACACGUCCAGAGCUGAUGAAUUUUGUCAUGACAUCAGAGAGUUAAUAAAGACACACGAGGAGAGAGAGAGAGAGAGAGGACGAGUGAGAGAGAGACUCUGUUGCACACUUGCGCACUGCGCGUAAAGGACACACACGUACCCAAACUCUCGCCGCGACUUGUUUCGCUCAAAAGUGGAUCUUAUACGCGUGCUUCCCUCUGUUUCAACACCUACGGCUUAACUUUGUACAGCGGUGACGGUGGAAUAUGUGUAAGAAGAGGUCUCCCACUGUCUUCUGCAGAUAAUCAGCUUUUCUUUAGUGAUCUGUAAGAUGGAGCUGAGUGAAACGGGAAAUUCUAAAAGAGGAGCAGAUUUAUGCGAAGACCUCACCAGACUGUGUUGAUCAUCUCGUGUGCCAUGAACAGAAGAUCAGCUGCGCUUUGGUGUUCAAACUGGACUUUAUCUGAAGCACUUGUACACCUACGGGGAAGAUCGCGAAUGCACUCGAUUUAGUCUCUUUACUUGCGUUUAAGGUCGAGUGUCCGCGAGUUUUUACGUACGACUUUUACGCUUUGUGUUAUUUUAAGAGCGCAAAUCUACUAUUAUGACAGGCUUUGGCUCAUGGAGCUUCUCCUAUCCAGAUGGAUCUAGCGCAGGUCGGCGUUCCUCCGUAAAGCAGCUCUUAAGGUGGCUUUGAUGCACGAAGGAUCCUCCAAACUCUCACAAUGGCUCGAUCAAACACGGAAUAUGGUCACAUCUCCUGGCCUGAGCCCAUCUGAUCUCGUUCGUCUCUGAUCUGUCAGGUUUAGCGCGAUCAUGGUCUCCUCCGGCUGCGCUCUGAUGGUUCUAAUGGUCACUCAGGUGUUCUUCGGAGGCUCCAGUGGACUCGUUCCCCAGAUCGGCCGGUCCUCUCUGUCUCAGGAUGUCCUACACGCGUUUGAACUUCGACUUCUGAGCAUGUUUGGACUCAAACACAGACCGAGUCCCAGCAGGUCUGCGGUGGUUCCGCAAUACAUGAUGGACUUGUACUCGAUGCACUCGGUGAACGCGGAGCAGAACAACAGCAACAGACCCAAGGGCUCCUUGGGGAAAGGCUCGGAAAGAUCUGCCAGCCGCGCGAAUACGAUCAGGAGCUUCCACCAUGAUGAAUCCAUGGAGGACCUGUCCAGUUUGAGCGGAAAGACGACUCAGCGUUUCCUCUUCAACCUGACCUCCAUCCCGGGAGAGGAGUUGGUGACGUCAGCAGAGCUGCGGAUUUUCCGAGAGCAGGUCGUGAGCAAUGGCAGCAAGGGAUUUCACCGCAUUAACAUUCACGAGGUCAUCAAACCGUCUGGUUCCUUUCAAGAACCCAUCACGAGACUCCUGGACACCAGGCUGGUUCAGCACAGCUUGAGCAAGUGGGAGAGUUUUGACGUGAGCCCUGCCGUUACGAGGUGGACCGCGGAUGGGCAUCCCAACCACGGCUUCGCGGUGGAAAUAGUUCACCCGGACCGCGCAGAACAGGACUCCAAAAGACACGUCCGCAUCAGCAGGUCCCUGCAUGACAGAGAGGACACGUGGCCCCAAAUGAGGCCGCUGUUGGUGACCUACAGCCACGACGGGAAGGGAAACGUGCUGCACUCUCGCGAGAAGAGGCAAGUGCGGACAAACAAACAGCGGAAGAAGCAAAAAGCCAACUGCAGGAGACAUUCCCUGUAUGUGGACUUCAGCGACGUGGGGUGGAACGACUGGAUAGUCGCCCCGCCAGGCUACCAUGCCUUUUAUUGCCAGGGCGAGUGUCCGUUUCCACUGGCGGACCACCUGAACUCCACCAACCACGCUAUUGUACAGACACUGGUGAACUCGGUGAACAGCAACAUUCCCCGGGCCUGCUGCGUUCCCACGGACCUGAGCCCGGUUUCACUGCUCUAUCUGGACGAAUAUGAGCGGGUGAUCUUAAAAAACUACCAGGACAUGGUCGUGGAGGGCUGCGGAUGCCGCUGACGCCCCUGGACGUCUACAGACACUUUAUUUUUCCCAAUACUAAACUUUAUUUAUAAUAAAGUAAAACACAUAUUUUGGAGAAGUAUAUAAAGAUAUAUUUAUGUUCACUAUUGGGAAAAUAAAUAUUUUAAUCAGA